AUGAACAUUCCUACUCAUCUUUGCUGGGACAAAGUUUGCUUGCCCAAAGCAGGGAUGUUUCUAUGGGCAGCUUUACAGAAAAAAGAUUUGACAACAAACUGGUUUCAGAAGAUUGGUUUUAGGGAUCCCUCUAGAUGCUCUUCAUGUGAAGAAAAUGAAGAAACGGUAGAUCACUUACUACUUAAUUGUCCAUAUGCAGUUGAAUGUUGGAAAGACUUAAUAGUUCAAUUCGGAGCUGGGGGUAAUACUACCAAGCAACUCAGGGCUCAAUGCAGAUGGGAAAAGCCUGAAUAUGGAUGGUUCAAAUUGAAAUUCGAUGGGGCAGCCCAAGGUAAUCCAGGUUCAGUUGGGAUUGGGUGUCUUAUGCGACAUUGGAGUGGUGCUACUUGUGCUAGAGUAGCUAAACCAAUUGGAAAGACAUCUAACAAUAUUGCAGAAUUUGAGGCCCUUACUGCAGGGUUGCUUUAUAGUUCAACAUUGGGAAUUAAGAAACUGGCUAUUGAAGGGGACUCACAAAUACCAAUUAAUGCUAUAAGAAUAGGGAAUAUAGCUAAUUGGCACCUCAAACCCCUUUUGGAUAGAGCACUUACAAUAAUAAGGAAAUUUAAACAUUGUACGAUUAAUCAUAUUUAUAGAGAAGGCAAUUCUGGUGCAGACUCUCUAGCUAAUUUAGGUGUGGAUGGUCAUUGA